CUUCUUCAACCCCAUUCUCUGGAAUUUCAGAUUCUGUAGUGAAACUCACAUAAAGACUAAAAACAUGGAAGGGUUUAGUGAUUUUUCAUUAGUCCUUACACUACCCAAAGAUGAUGGCUUUUUUGAGAAGAAAAAGAAAUUGUUGCAGCUCAGGAGCUAUGGACCUGAGAUACAAAUUCUUUUGUCAUCAUCAGAAGACCCACUGGUUGCAUUGCAAGUAAUGGUGGAAGUUGCAAGAAUUAUACACCUGGAUGAGCCAGAACUGUAUUUUGGUGGGGUUGAGGCAAUUUUGCCAUACUACAGUCCUAGGAAUGAGUUGGAAUCCCUUAAUUCAGUUCUCAAGCUCAUUGAUACAUCUCUCAAAGAUGCUGCUGAGAAGAAGAUUGAUGUUUUGCUUGUUCUGCGAAAUGCGGUGAUAGAAAUGAUUAGAGAGUUUGGGGAUAAGAGUAAAGAGGAAACGGUAAUUGUGAAAUGUGGUUGUAAGGGUGAAGAUGAGUUGGUGGAAUGGGGGCGAAACCAUGGUGUGCAGACCAAGCUGCAGAUUGCUUAUGUUGAAGGAGCUGGAAGAGGAGCUGUUGCAGUAACAGAUUUGGAAGUUGGGGAAUGUGCUUUGGAAAUCCCGGAGUCAAUAAUAAUCUCUGAGGACAUUGUUUAUGACUCUGACAUGUAUCAUAUACUGAAAGAGGUCGAUGGGAUCUCCACUGAGACAAUGUUAUUGCUGUGGAGCAUGAAGGAGAGAUACAACUCCAAUUCAAAAUUUAAACUCUACUUUGAGACAUUGCCAGAAGCAUUUAACACAGGGUUGAGCUUUGGUGUCGAGGCACUUACUUCUCUGGAUGGGACCUUGUUAUUUGAAGAGAUAAUGCAAGCAAAAGAGCACUUGCGCACGCAAUAUGAUGAGCUCUGUCCUGCAUUAUGCAGCAACCAUCCAGAUGUAUUUCAAGAAGAGUUAUACACAUGGGAGAAAUUCCUGUGGGCAUGUGAGCUCUGGUAUUCUAAUAGCAUGAAAGUCAUUUUCAAUGAUGGAAAGCUGAGAACGUGCCUAGUUCCAAUUGCAGGCCUGCUCAAUCAUUCGCUAUGUCCACAUAUACUGAACUACGGUAGAGUUGAUUCAGCAACGAACUCACUAAAGUUCCCGUUAUCAAGACCAUGCUUGAAAGGCGAACAAUGCUAUCUUAGUUAUGGGAAGCUUUCUUGUGCGCAUCUUAUAACUUUCUAUGGUUUUCUUCCAAAAGGAGAUAACACAUACGAUACCAUUCCACUUGAUAUUGAUGGUCCCGAAGCUGAGGAGGAUUGCUCCAACUCUGAUUGGACUACUCAUAUGGUGCGGGGAACAUGGCUCUCAAGCAAUCACGAGAUCUUUUAUUACGGGUUGCCACCUCCUUUGUUGAAUAAGCUCCGUGUCGCGCUGAGUGGUGCUAAUUUACCUACUGAUGCCCAUAAAGACGUUGAAAUUGAGAGAGAAGUACUGGAAACUCUCUACUCAAUUUUCAACCCUAUGCUGGAGGGACUUGGUGAGGCAGAAAGUGCUGACCGGAUAAAUCUUAGAUGGGAUGUGAAGCUAGCUUUGGAAUAUAAUGAGCUACAGAGGAAGAUCAUCUCUUCUGUUUUGGCUUCAUGUUCCAGUGGUCUUGAGAUGCUGUGAAGCUUCGAUUCAGUCUGUGAUUUAACCAAGCCCACGAACCACGAGAAGUACCAAGUUUCAGACAGGUUAUUGCAAGUAUUUGUGGCCAUUAGGGUACAGAUCUACAACUCAAUUACAGAUAAACGCACUGACAUCAACUCAAAUGUGGUCUGCUUACAGCUUGCUGUAAAGACAUUUAAUCUUUUGUUGGUAGCGGCUACGCUGGGCGCUAACGCAAGCAAUGGCCUCCUGACGGUCGACGCUUAUUACGCUUGCUUUUCUUCUAUGAUAAGCUUCAUCUACUGCUGUUUAAAGCUAUUUCAUUAUGUCAGAUUCUUGGUAUAAAUGCCGACACCACCACCACCACUACCUCAGAAAAAAUGUGGUCUAAGAUAUUGUAAUUCAAAGAAUGUUGGAUGACAAAAGAAAGCAUGUAACAUGCUAUAAAUAAAAUUAUGUGGUCAAGAUGACUCUUACUGGAGAA